AUGGCCAAAAUGAAAACUGGCCGAGGGAUUUUUAAAUCAGCAAUAAACGCCGGUUGUUUUGUUCUUCUUCUCUGGCCUCCCCCUCCUGCCAUCACCAUGGACUCCUCUCCGAUCCUUCGUCAACAAAGUCAGAACAAAAUCCGAAGUGACUUUCAAAGAAUGAAUAAUGAACACAAUAAAAAACAAGCAAGUCCAAAGCGUGUCAAGCCAUUGCCAUCAUCCCAUCUCUCCAAAAAAGACAGCGAGAACAAAGAUCCAGCAGAAUCCUGUUUGAAACCACCUUUGCAACAAGUUGUAAGCAGGCUUCCAGUACUUGCGAAGUCCGUUCGUCUGCAGACUCCGUCUGACUUCGGACAGUCCCACCUCAGGUGGGAAGAGAAACCUUUAGCUGGCAAAACCAAGAAGAAAAAGCCAUGCACUCGGCCUGUACCGUUCAAUCUGUCACAGCCCAAAAACACUAAAAUGGCAAAUGAAAGUCGGCAACAUUUAACUUCUCUGCAAUCUCAGACUCUUUCAAUACGACCUCAAAAAAAGAUUUGCAGUUCAAAAAUGACUGAACACAGAGAUGUGCUAAACAAUAACAUGCACUCAGGUAAGGCCGUGGGGAAGUCUCAUGGAACAUCCAAACAAAAAACAUCCCACCUGUCGGGACAGUCUGGUCUGUCCAACACCUUAAAGACUUCAGCCACUUUGUCAAACCCUCUGUCAUCUGUUCCUGGUACCGCAUUACAUCAAAAGAAAGCCACAUCCUGUGCACAGCCUGUUCUGGGUGCAGAGGUUUGUCUGGACAACAUGAACCUGCUCAGCCUCAAAGAGCCACACAGCACUUUGAAAACAGAUCAGACUCCACAGCUAACCAUUCCGGACCCUCCUGCUAAAGCUUUGAAUGGAGACAACUUCCAGCCAGAUCAUGCUGCUUUGCUAAGUAUCCUUCGAAAUGAGGGAGUUAGUGUUGCAGGCCAGGUGUCUGCAUUUCCUCACUCUAAACCUUUCCUGCCACAGCGAGUGUCCAUCUUGAAGAGUCGGCAAAAAGCCGGACCCACCACAGGUCCAGUGAGGUCAGCUGGGUUCUCACCGGACCCCGCUGCUCUCCAGAGUAUCCUCCUGAACGAGGGUGUGAAGAACCCAGUGGCUGCCACCCCUAGAGGUUCAGUCUGUCCGCCUGGCAGAGCCACAUCCAUCUAUACCGCUCAGAGAGUGCCUGUUAGAAAAAACACUGCGGAUCCAACUGGUGGUCGAGUGGCAGCACCCAAAGAGACUCCACUGAAGAAAUGGACUCCACAGAGAGUCCGCAACACCAAGCAUCAGCCCAUGUCUGCUAUGAAAUGGCAUCAGCAGACACAGCAGUCUCCAUACGUCACUCCUGCACCCAUGAGCAGCAGAAGCAACAUUCAGCCACAUCAGGAGGAAGUUGUCCAGAGAUUAUUCGAUGAUCCAGAAGAUGAGCCGAGCACCAACGUGACGGACAAAGCUGCUGCGCCACAAGCAGAAGAGUUUCCGCUUCAGCCCUCAUCUAAUAAGCAUCUUUGUGAAGGAGACACGAGCAGGACCAGCAGUGAUGAUGAUGAUGAUGAGCAGAAGACAUAUGAAGCACCGCCCAGAGAGUCCGUCAUUUUUUUCUCGACGGGCAAAAAGUUGUUGAGGGCACCGCGCUUUGAGAACCUGAAGAGUGCAGCUCUGCAGGAUCAGCCUGGUGCAGUGUGGGCCCAACAGAGAGGAGAGCCCACAGGUCUCAGCAACCCCUCGUUUCAGUGUCUGAACACAGAGCUCAUUCUCCAGAAGUCCUGCUCAUUAAACCCUGCGAUGGCCAUGCUUCGGAAGCGUCUCCCUCCUCUAGAGGAGCUGCGGAUGGAUGAAGAGGUGGCCACCUACACCGCCGUGUCCAUCCCUGCCACUCCCGGGUUUGUCCCCCCUCGGCCUCGCUGUGGAAACCCGCUGGCCUCCAUCCUGCACUUUGAGGACUCCACAAGAUUUGUUCCAAUUGACUGUGAUGUUUCUUCCAGUCCACCACUGCACGAGAGAUAAUUUGCACUACAUCGAGCCGUUUCUAGUUUCCUUUAACACUGAAAAGCUCACCUCUGUGUACUGAUUUUAAAAGUGACGUCACUGCCUGUAAACUAGUUUCUGCAGACUUUCGGAUCUUUUUCAUAGCUAAAGCGUCAUUGAAUUAGGUAUUCAGAUUUACUAACAGAUAUUUUGUGUACUGAAAAUAUUUCUGAGUGUAUUAUAUGUAAUAAAUAUAUGAUUGUUACUUAUGGGCC